AUGUAUCGGUAUCUGGUAGAGGCGGAAACUGUUGUGAGAAUUGCCGAAUCCACGAGGCAGGAACCAAACAUGCGCUUAAAAAAGCGCCGGCGAACGCAGACUCCCGAAGAGCAGCUUAACGACGGAGACGAAGAUGCCUACGCUAAGGCUGAAGAACACGUCUCCAAGCGACGGGAUAUGGAGGAUGAAUCUUUUAAAGGGAGCUCUUCAGAAUAG